AUGGCGAUCGUUCCUCGGAGCCGUUGGAUCUUGCCGAACCAAGCCGAUGACGACAACGGGAGGGAGAAAGCCGAGAGGCGGCUUACGAUGUCACUGAGGCACCUGGUACCGCAGGAGUUCAUCCAUUCCGUGCCGCGCCCGCUCUCCCUCGAGCCCUGCUCCUCCAUCGUCUUCCUGGGCGGCGCGGCGGCGGUGACGGCGGCGGCGGAGACGCUGCACCCGCACGGGCACAUCGACGAGGAGGUGGUCCACGUGGGUCCCGAGUUCAGCUGGCAGGCGCACGUGCGCAACCGACUUCAGUACGACCAAAUGUGGCGGCAGUCGAUCGAGAACCCGACGCGCUUCUGGGGCAACGUGGCGAGCGACUUCUUCUGGCACAAGAAGUGGGACGACGGCACGUCCAUCGUGCGUCACAACUUCGACGUGCGCAACGGACCCGUCGCCGUCGAGUGGUUCCCGGGCGGCUACACCAACGUGUGCUUCAACGCCGUGGACCGCCACGUGGCGGCGGGGCGCGGCGAGACAACGGCGAUGCUGUGGGAGGGCAACGACCCCGGGGACGACGCGCGGCUCUCCUUCAACGAGCUGCUUGACCAGAUCUGCCAGCUCGCCAACUUCCUGAGGGCAGCGGGGGUGCGCAAGGGAGACACGGUGUGUCUGUACAUGCCCAUGGUGCCGGAGCUCCCCAUCGCCAUGCUCGCAUGCGCGCGCAUCGGCGCCAUCCACUCCGUGGUGUUCGGGGGCUUCUCCGCGGAGUCACUCGCGGGGCGCAUGGUGGACUGUCGUCCCAAGGUGCUGCUCACGUGCAGCGCCGUGCGCCGUGGGGACAAGCUGCUGGCGCUCAAGGACAUAGCGGACUCCGCCCUGCGCAUCUGCGCCGACCGCGAGAACCUGCACAUCCAGACGUGUCUGGUGUACGACAACUCGCGCGCCAUGGCGCGGCACGAUUGUGCGUUCACGCCGGGGCGGGACGUGUGGUGGCAGGAGGUGGUGGGCACGUACCCCACGGACGCUGACGUGGAGUGGAUGGCCAGCGAGGACCCGCUCUUCAUGCUCUACACCUCGGGCUCCACCGGCAAGCCCAAGGGAGUGGUGCACACGACGGGCGGCUACAUGGUGUACGCAGCAACAACCUUCAAGUUUGCGUUUGACUACAAGCCGGGCGACGUGUACUGGUGCACGGCGGACUGCGGGUGGAUCACGGGGCACUCGUACCUCACGUACGGCCCGCUGCUCAAUGGCGCCACCAUCGUCGUCUUCGAAGGGACGCCCACGUGGCCGGAUCCGGGGCGGUGGUGGCACAUAGUGGACAAGUACAAGGUCACCAUCUUCUACACCGCGCCCACCGCCAUCCGCUCCCUCGAGGCCUGCGGUGACUCGUACGUGCGCCGCCACUCGCGCGCAUCUCUCCGCGUGCUGGGUUCCGUGGGCGAGCCCAUCAACCCCAAGGCGUGGCGCUGGUACUUCGAGGUCGUCGGCGGGGGCCGCUGCCCGAUCAGCGACACGUGGUGGCAGACCGAAACCGGCGGCAUCUGCAUCACGCCGCUCCCCGGCGCAUGGCCGUUAAAGCCCGGCUCGGCGUCUCUCCCGUUCUUCGGAAUCGAGCCCGUGAUUCUCGACCAGCAGGGGAGGGAGCAGGAGGGGCCGUGCGAGGGGUACCUGUGUCUGCGCCGCCCGUGGCCGGGAAUGGCGCGGACGCUCUUCGGCGACCACACGCGCUUCGAGGCGACGUACUUCAGCGUCUGGAAGGGCUACUACACCACCGGCGACGGCGCGCGGCGCGACCGCGACGGGUACAUCUGGCUGACGGGGCGCGUGGACGACGUGAUUAACGUUAGCGGGCAUCGGAUCAGCACGGAGGAGGUGGAAUCGGCGUUGGACGCGCAUCCCGCGUGCGCGGAGGCGGCGGUGGUGGGGUACGACCACGAGGUGAAGGGGCAGGGCGUGUACGCGUUCGUGACGCUCAUGGACGGCAUCUCGCCCAGCGAGUCGCUGCGCAAGGCGCUCAGGGACACCGUGCGCAACGAGAUCGGGUCGUUUGCGGCGCCGGACGUGAUUCACUGGGCGCCGGGGCUGCCCAAGACGCGCAGCGGCAAGAUCAUGCGCCGCAUCCUCAGGAAGAUCGCCGCCAACAAGCUUGAUGAGCUGGGUGACACAUCAUCUCUGUCCAAUCCUGCCAUAGUGGACGAGCUGGUUUCCUUGAGGGGAAAAGCGGCAACAGGCUCAACUCAGGCUUGGGUUCGGCCCAUCACCAGCGCAGGCGCGAAGGCACAGACAGAAGUCAUGGCUGCUGCUGUUUCCUCUGCCUUGCUUUCCGGCUCCGCAGCGGUCCUCGACCGCCGGGGAGCUUGCGACGCGAGGACUUCCUCGCUUCGCGCCGCCACUUCGUCGGCUGCUGCUGGUUCCGCCGUUUCCUUGCUUCCGACCUCAUCACGUCGUUCUAAAAGCCUCAACCGUCUCGCUGCGCGCGCGUCGGCUUCAGACUCAUCGUCAAUUGGACCUCUCGUCACCGACAGGAGCCAUGGCGUACUCUCCGGCGAGUGGGACAAGAGCGUGUCGCUCCUCACAUACGAAGACCUGUCGCAUCACCUCCAGAAUGUUCUCAUCCGCGGAUUGGUCGAGGACUCCGAGGCGGCUUCCAUGGAGCCUGUUCCUCUGACAACCUCGAGGAGACAUGGAAUUGUGUCCGGCGAGUGGGACAAGAGCGUGUCGAUGCUUCACUACGAAGACCUCUCGACUUACUUCGAGGCGACGCUGCUGCAAGGCCUGCAGGAAGACGCGGAGGAGAAGUACGUACCGCUCGAGGCGGACCGCGCGCACGGCGUCGUGUCGGGCGAGUGGGACAAGAGCAUCUCGAUUCUCAGCUACGAGGACCUUUCGCAGCACCUUCUCGAGAACUUCCCCGCGGGCUCCGCGGCUCCCGCGCCGGAGCAGGUGGUGCCGCUGAUGGCGGAUAGGAGCCAUUGCGUGCUGUCGGGCGAGUGGGACACGGGCGUGACUUAUCAGAGCUACGAGGAUGUGAAGUUCCACCUGCAGUCGAAGAUGGCGAAGGAGCGCCGUGCAAAUUAG